UUUCUCUUUCGUUUCCAAAUAAAAUACCAUGACAAGAAAUAUGCGCAGUUUGGUCUUUUUUGCUUUUUUUUGCUCAGCCCUGUUUUUGGUUAAGGCAGCUCCCAGUGGCAUUCUUGGAUUGGGAGAUUCAGGUGGUGAAAACAGAGAUAAUUCAGUAAACGACGAGUUUGUAUUGAAGCAAGAUUCAUUCAUGUCUGGUAAAAAUAAUGUUUUCAUUCCUUCUAAUGAAGUAAAAGGAAUCAAUGGAGUUGGAACUCCAGGCAGCAGGGACAAAAAAGUUUUCAAUGGUCGUUUAUAUAAAAAUAAAAAGUGAGCAAAUAAUAUCGGUUUUAUUUAACUAAAUCCUGCAAAUAAAUAGAGCCUUGCGUUUGCGUAGCUAUUAA